ACGUCUUAUUGUUUGAGAAACUCGUAUAUUUACUUAUCUGAAUACACAAGUCACACCUAAUACCUAUAAGACAUGUUGACUUGACGCAACGUUUGACACAAAUUUACAAAAGUAAGACUGCAUGCUGUACGAUGUAGAUGAUUAAAAAAGUUUAACUAAUACCUCAAGCCAGAACUAGCUUGUGAAAUCCGUUUGUCUUUGAUAUCUUAAUUGAAGCGACUUCAUAGUACGUAAUUUGAUGUCAUUAUUUGGGCUUUUAAAGCCAUGAGAAAGCCGGAACUCGCCAUGAGCUCGUAUGAUAUUUCUUUUUUUUCUCUCUCUCGAAACAAGCCAAUUAGUUGGCGAACCAAGACCACAAAUUGGACCCUUUACAAUUUCCAGAUCAAGUGACGUCAAACAAUGGCUCACUAUUUUUCCCAUUUCUACGUCAAUUCCACCAAAUGUAUUAUCGUUCGUGCUUGAUUCUUCAGCACAUCCAUUUUGAAGGGAUGAGAUUCAGCAAAUAAUUAUUUUUCCUCCGUACUAGAAUUCCUGAAGUCUAAAUAAGAGGACGGAUUGCUACGUGUACUCUUAUGAUGGCCUCAUGGUAGAAGGAAAGCACCUCUGUUGGGAAAGUUGUGAGAAACAGCAAACGCAGCCGAGCAAGGACCUCGUGUUACACGUAUUUCAUCAUUGUAGUAGCACAACACACAUUCGAUCUUGCUGUGAAGUUCCCAGCCAUAGAAGCGGAUGUCUCCGAUGGAAGGCCAAAUUAUUUGGCCUCCACCUUGAAGGCCAUCAUCGUCCUCGACUUCGCUUCCUUCAUCUUUUCGUCUUCAUUCUUUUACGUCAAGUGACAAACAUGAAUACCCUAGUUGGCUGUGAAUCCAUUCCCCAGGUCCAAGACCUGAUUGAAGAAGCCAAAGACCGGUUCCACCAAGAAUUCCCAGGUUCCAGCCCAACGGUUUGCGCCAUUGCGCCUGGCCGAGUGAACUUGAUUGGUGGACAUACAGAUUACAAUGCUGGUUUUGUCCUCCCCAUGGCCUUGCCAAUGGUCACGGUUGUGGUUGGACGAAAGCGGGAUGAUCCAGACUCAAACCGAUGCUCAAUCGCCACCACGUUCUCUGUGCGCGAAGGCGAACCCAAGCGUGUGGACUUUGAUAGUGUGAGCCUUCAGUAUGAAGGUGAAGCUGUUCCAAAGUGGGGCAAUUACGUCAAGGGAGUGGUGGCUUGCUUUCAUCAACAGCCUCUUGAUGGCAUGGGUUUCGAGGCUGCUAUUGCCACCUCAGUGCCAAUUGGAGGUGGACUGUCGAGUUCGGCGGCGCUUGAAGUGUCCCUGUAUACGUUCCUGGAACUGAUCACGGGUUCUCCUGCUCCCUCUUUGAAAGAGAAGGCUCUCAAUUGUCAAAAGGCCGAGCACCAAUUUGCAGGGAUGCCAUGUGGCAUUAUGGACCAUUUCAUCUCCGUUAUGGGGGAGGAAGGGCAUGUGAUCAAGAUUGACUGUCGAUCCUUGGGAGUGGAGAAGGUCCCACUGGCCAAUCCUGAUCUCUCGGUUCUCAUCAUCAACUCCCAUGUGAAGCACGAGCUCUCGGGCAGCGAAUACCCAACCAGGCGUCGCCAUUGUGAAGAGGCAGCCAAACUCCUUGGGGCCAGCAGUCUUCGUGACGUGUCCAUGUCCGAGUUUGAAAAGCAGAAGGAGGUCCUCUCCUCGGAGGAAAUGUGCCGCCGAGUUCGUCAUGUUAUUUCCGAGAUAGCUCGAGCUCAAGCGGCGGCUGAGGCUUUGAAAGCUGAAGAUUUUGAAGCCUUUGGCAAACUUGUGACUCAAAGUCACGAAUCCUUGAGAACAAAUUAUGAGGUGUCCUGCCCGGAAUUGAACCAACUAGUAACCCUUACCCUGUCUGUGGAUGGAGUUUACGGAUCUCGAUUAACAGGCGGAGGAUUUGGAGGCUGCACGGUAACCCUGCUCAAAAACGAGGCGAUUCAGAACGUUGUUAAGAAGAUCAAUGAAAACUAUAGUGGAAAAGCCUCCUUUUAUGUCUGCUCUCCAGCACAUGGAGCCCGGAAGCACGACCUGUGAAUCAAUUUAAGAAGCUAGAAAUUGUUCAUUAAGCAAUACAUGUGUUUAGCAAGUGA